AAGCUAGGGCGUAAGAGUAUGCUGUUGGACCGGUACAGUCAGUCCCUUGGGCGAAUUGACUGCACACGCCACCCGCGUCUCUCAAGCCCAAUCUUUUUAGUUCCUAAACCCCCCCACACUCCUCAACCAUGUCGUCUGACGAGGAAGAGUACAGCAGCGAGGAGGAGUCGUCCGAGGAGGAGGAGGAUCCCGCGGUCAAGGCAAAGGCGGCCGAGGUACUAGCUAGACAACGCGCUUUGGAAGAUGCCAAGAAGAAGCAGGAUGACAUCGACAGGAGGAAGGCCGAGGUGCGCAAGCGCCUGGAAGAGCAGAGUCUUAAGAAGCAGAAGAAGGGCUUCAUGACUCCCGAGCGUAAGAAGAAGCUCAGGCUGCUCCUCCGUAAGAAGGCCGCUGAGGAACUGAAGAAGGAACAGGAGAGGAAGGCCGCUGAGAGGCGCAAGAUCAUUGACCAGCGUUGUGGCCAACCCAAGAACCUCGAUGGUGCCAACGAAGCUGAGCUUGAAAAACUGUGUAGGGAUUUCCAUAUACGCAUUGCAAGCCUUGAGGGUGACAAAUGGGAUCUGGAGCACCAGAUCAAAAUGAAGGACUAUCAGAUCAACGAGCUCAACAUUCAGGUCAACGAUCUGCGUGGCAAGUUCAUCAAGCCUACUCUGAAGAAGGUGUCCAAGUAUGAGAACAAAUUCGCCAAGCUUCAGAAGAAGGCUGCUGAAUUCAACUUCAGGAAUCAGCUCAAGACUGUGAAGAAGAAGGAGUUCGAGCUUGAGGACGACAAGGGCGCGACAAAGCCUGACUGGGCGGCCGGCGGUCCUGGAUCCGCUAAGAAGGAAGGGGAAGAGGGCGAAGCUCCGACGGAGGGUGACGGCCCCGCUGCAGAGGAAGGAGGUGAGAGUGCACCGACGGAGGGUGCCCCAACAGAAGAUGCCCCCCCGGCGGAGGCAGCGCCAGCUGAGGGGACCCCAUCCGAGGAGGCUCCGGCAGAGGCCGCUGCCGAGGCUGCCCCGGCGGAGGGGGGUGACGCCCCCCCUACCGCCGAGGAAGCCCCGGCGGAGGCCCCAGCUGAAACACCUGCCGAGCCCCCUGCGGAGGAGGUCCCCUCAGAGGCCACUCCGGCCGAGGGCGAGGCUCCCCCACCAGCUGAAGGUGAAGCCCCGCCUGCUGAGGAAGUCGCUGCGUAAGAGGACUGGCUCACUACCAGCAGGAGUAGCAGGAGGAGGAGGGGAAGGUGUCUGUGUCUCGUCUAAUCGUCUUCUGUGGAACCUCGCGUCAAUUGUUACUCUUCGUGUCUCGCCAAAGUGUUUUUUCUCAUUUCUUACUCUGAACUAUGGAAGUGAACGCCAUCACUCAGCUACUUUUGACGUGCUUGAAGGAAACCAAACGACUUUAUCGUUUAUAGACAAGAAAUCAUCUUCUGUAAACAAGAAGGCAUCGAUUAUUAAGAAGACAUCAGUUACAAAAAAGAACUCUAUAAAAUGCCAUAAAACAUCAAUUGUAUCUAAGAAGGCGUCAAUCAUUAACAAAAAAGAAUCGAUUAUAAACAACAACGCAUCGACUACAAACAAAGAACAAUCGAUUUUCAACAAGGGAUCGAUUAUAGACAAGAAGGCAUCGAUUAUAGGUAACAGCACGGUGUCGCUUCAGCGGAGUUAUAGAGCAAGGUUACGUUACUCACGUUCAUCAUUCUCACACAAGUUGAGAACUUCCUGGACUGACUGUGAACAUCUAUAUAAAUGCUUUAAUAUCUAUAAUAAAUUUGUAUUAUUGA